AGCCAAGUGAAGAGGGAAAAUUACUUCACGCAGGCAUCUUGGUCUCGCCGCCGCUGACAACCUUGCCGUCGCCCCGGACCGGGAUCUUCUCGUGACCUCGUCGCCAUGGCCACCCCCGGCAAGCCCGACCCGGCCGCCGCACCACCAAAGGCUCCGCAGCCAGCGGCGAAGGGAGCCUUGAUGCGCCGCGUCUUCCCCUUCCUCCUCGCCACCAACGUCUUCAUCGGAGUUUAUGUAUUUGCGAAGACCUACAAAAGAGACCAGGACAAGAAAAUUGCUCAGACCGCAGCUGCAGCAGCGGCGGUUGAAGCAUUGUCAUCACCUCCUGCUGCAAUUACUAAGCCUGCAGAGCCUACUCCUCCACCCAAAAAGGUACUCGCACCGCCAUCAGAAGAUGAGCAGCGCCAGGUCUACAAGUGGAUGCUGGAAGAGAAGCGGAAGAUCAAACCACGCAACACUGCUGAGAAGAACAAACUCAACGAAGAGAAGGCUCUUCUGAAGGAGAUCAUCCGGGCAGAGUCCCUCCCUCGUUUGUGGUGAUUUCAUCAGCUCUCAUGCGGGCCUUGGAUGUUCUUUUUUUUACCCUCUACAGUUCCACCAAGGCUGUGUUGUCAAUCUAGUCUUGUUAGCUGGCACUAAUGGUAGGUUUUAUAAACUGAUACAUCAUCAUGUGAUAUCCAACAAAUUGAGCAACUACUCCAGUCUCCCUGAAACUGUUUCCUUUUGCUGCAAAUUAGCUUGAUAGGGCUAUUCUAGAGAUAUUCUUGAUUGCUUGAAUACUACGGGGCUGUUUGAUGGCCACUAGCCCGACUGAGAGGCUGCUGGAGAUGUGCUUUGGAUGAAGGCCUGAGACCCCACGUCCAGGUCUCUCUGAAUUUGGUUGCAGAAAUGAACAUGAACAUUUCUAGUGUGAUGACUCGUUGAGUAUGCUUUCAAACACUUCCUAUUUUGUUCUACAGAGGUAUAGAAGUAAGCUCAUGGUAACCCCGUUAUUGUACUUUGAAUUAUGUAAAACUAUUGAUAUGACCUCUCACUGCA